AUGGGUGACGGUCCUUCUAGAAAGCUGGGCAUACUGCAAGACCUGAUACUGGUUCUCGUGUCCAGUACGGCUAUGUGGUUUGUAGCCAAAAGUAUAGUUAACAGUCUGCCCUUGGGAACCGACCCGGAGAAAGAGCAACACGAGCAAGCUCGCGUCAGAGCUGCAGCCAACCUACGUCGACUAGACAGAUCACGAAGGGAACACGACGACUCGGAGGAUGAAUCUGGACAAGGCACCGAUGGGUCGCGGCGGCCGAGGAAAGAGGAUUUGAAUUUGGAUCAAUAUGAGAGCCAGAUAGCUAUGGAAGUGGUGGCGCCGGAGGAUAUACCUGACAUUAUCGAAGAACUCAAAGAGUCGGUUAUAUACCCUCUGACGAUGCCUCAUCUAUACUCGCAAUCCUCCUCGCUUCUCGCUGCCCCGUCCGGGGUACUACUUUACGGCCCCCCAGGUUGCGGGAAGACUAUGCUUGCAAAGGCGCUGGCGCAUGAGAGCGGAGCUUGCUUCAUCAACCUGCAUAUCUCGACCUUGACGGAGAAGUGGUAUGGAGACUCGAACAAGCUCGUACGAGCCGUGUUCUCUUUGGCAAGAAAAUUACAACCGACUAUUGUGUUUAUCGAUGAGAUAGAUGCAGUCCUUGGGCAGAGACGAAGUGGAGAACAUGAGGCUAGUGGUAUGGUCAAGGCCGAGUUUAUGACAUUAUGGGAUGGUCUCACCUCUUCUAAUGAAGUCGGUUUACCAGCACGAAUAUUGGUUCUCGGCGCAACGAACCGAAUGCAGGACAUCGAUGAAGCAAUUCUGAGAAGAAUGCCCAAGAAAUUCCCCGUAUCUCUGCCAUCGAACUCGCAGAGAAGGAGAAUUCUGAAGCUCAUUCUCAAAGACACCAAGACCGACCCAGAACAAUUCGAUCUCGAAUACCUAACUCGCGUCAUGGCUGGUAUGUCAGGAAGUGAUAUUAAAGAAGCAUGCAGAGACGCUGCUAUGGCGCCAGUCCGAGAAUUUAUCAAGGAACAGAGGGAGCGCGGGGUAGCGAUGUCGGGUGUAAAAUCCGAGAAUGUCCGUGGUGUAAGAACCGACGAUUUCUUUGGGAGGAAAGGAGGUGGGCAAAUAAUCAAGGACAAUCAUGCAUUUCACUCUGCAAAAAGUAAGAGUAAGCAGAAGGAAGCGGAUUCAAGCGAUGAAUACGAGGAUAUUGAUGAGGCGGCGGAAGCCCAAGGUCGAGGCAGUGUUGAGAACUAG